CCAGGGGUGCUAGACAACUAAACGGCUUUCGAGCCAGCUUUUCUUUUUUUUUAGUUUGUUUUGAUUCAGUAUAACUUGGCCUCUAUGGGGUUUCAAAUGUUUAGGUUUCUAGCUCUAUUAACAAGUGUUUUGAUUGUUUUCGGUUUAAUUUCUCAAGUUUUAUCCAGAAAUCAUGGAUACUAUACAAUUGUUGCACCCGGAACAAUACGAUCAAAAUCAAUUUUUCAUCUAUCGAUAUCGUUAAGUGAUUUUCAUCAAUCUUGUUGGUUGAAUAUAAGUCUUCAAGAUGGUCAUCAAGAACCCUUGAAUCUUGAAACUAUAGAAAUUCAACCAAAAACUACAAAACUUGUGGAACUUCAAGCUCCUUAUUUAAUCGAAAAAGUCGGAAAAUUAAUCGUGAUUGGAUAUCGUGGUAUCAUUAAAACAGAAUUUGCCAAUAUUAACUUUGAACAUGAUUCCUAUUCGGCUUUCAUUCAAACAAAUAAAGCUAAAUACAAACCCGGUAAACUGGUUGAAUUUCGAGUGAUUUUUAUAAAUCAAUUAACGAGACCAGCUCAAAUUGAUGACGUCAUUAUUGUUAUGAUUUAUGAUGGUCAAGAAAACUUGAUAAAGCAGAUUGUGAAUGUUAAGCUUGUACAAGGUGUGUUUAAGGGUGAAUUUCAGCUAUCAAAGUUACCAGUUUUAGGUGAGUGGAAGAUAAAAGUCGAAGUUGGUGGUGAUUUAGCUGCAGAAAAGAGUCUUGACGUUGCUAGAUAUGUUCCACCGAAAUUUUUAGUUAAAAUCAAUACUAAAUCGAAUGUUGCUGUUAAUGAGGAAAGAAUAUCAUUGGAGAUUUCUGCUAGCUACUUUUAUGGUGAGCCGGUUAAAGGAAAACUUAAUAUACACGUUAACAAUACCUACGCUGCUUCUCACGAUAAGCUUCCAGUCUUUGAAAAAGAAUUAGCGAUUGAUGGCAAAACAACUAUUGAUUUAGAUAUGAAAAAUGAUCUUCAAAUGCAAAUUGGCAACAAAGAUCAUUAUUCUAAGAAGCUUUAUGAAUUUUUCAUUAAAGCAUUUAUGAUUGAUGAUUUAAGUAAACUAAAAGCUUGGACAUCUGCUGAAAUUGCAAUUCAUAAUCAACCAUAUAAAAUUAUUCUUCAAGCUCCAAGAGUUUUUGAUUCAAGUGAACAUUUUAGAUUGAUGGUAAGUAGGUAUUAA